AUGCACCGGUGCAAGUGUGCGCUGUGCAUGCGUGCGUGCCUGCAGCAAGUGGUGGGCUCGAGCCGUGUCGGGCGGUCGUGGCCAGUGGGCCUGUGCCGAGGACGGGGGCGCGUGGCGGGCGGCGUGGUGCGAUGCCGGCGAGUCAGGCUUCCCACGAAGAGCUGGCAAUACCCGCACGGAAGGAUGGCCAUGCAACGUCGCACACUCAGCACACUUCAGACUCCAGUACCUGCCAUGAGCCUUCAAGCCAAGUGGGCAUGGACUGGUGGGGCUGCAACGGCUGUGAUGGAUUUGGAAGGGCUGGGUGUGGGCGGAGGGACGGUGGCGACAUGUGGCGACCAAGACGGCUCACUCAUCGAGGUUCGGUUAGACAGCAUGAAAAAAUCUUGUGGCCUUGCAGCUUUAGUCGGCUUGUCAGCGAAAUCCCCAGCUUUAACAAUACAUCGUUGGGAGAUGGCGCAGCGAGUUGACAAUCUUGCUUGCAAAAGGACAUCUGUGGGAAAUGAGAGUGAGACUCCAAACUUGGACGUCGGAUUUUCUGUUUGUGUGUGA